GUCAUCCCCUCAGUCUGUAGCCCUUUUGUCUGAGUGCCUGGCAAGGGUGACGUGGGGCUGUUUCUGCGGGCACAGCUGCAGCACUUACCGGAGUGGAGGCAGGGCCCAGGCAGCACUGCCCUCCAAGAUCUUCCCUCGGGCUUUUCAGCAGUAAGGGGUCAUGCACCCUAAGGGCCUCCACUUGGCUUGACCUUGCUGCGGGGGCUCUCUGUCCCCAGGAACAGUGGAGAUGGCAAGCUUAUCGAGACCCUCUCUGCCCAGCUGCCUCUGCUCCUUCCCCCUCCUCCUCCUCCUCCAAGUGUCUUCCAGCUAUGCAGGGCAGUUCAGAGUGAUAGGACCAAGGCACCCUAUCCGGGCUCUGGUCGGGGAUGAAGUGGAAUUGCCAUGUCGCAUAUCUCCUGGGAAGAACGCUACAGGCAUGGAGGUGGGGUGGUACCGCCCCCCCUUCUCUAGGGUGGUUCAUCUCUACAGAAACGGCAGGGACCAAGAUGGAGAGCAGGCACCUGAAUAUCGGGGCCGGACAGAGCUGCUGAAAGAUGCCAUUGGUGAGGGAAAGGUGACUCUCAGGAUCCAGAAUGUAAGGUUCUCAGAUGAAGGAGGUUUCACCUGCUUCUUCCGAGAUCAUUCUUACCAAGAGGAGGCAGCAAUGGAAUUGAAAGUAGAAGAUCCUUUCUACUGGGUCAGCCCUGGAGUGCUGGUUCUCCUCGCGGUGCUGCCUGUGCUCCUCCUGCAGAUCACUGUUGGCCUUGUCUUCCUCUGCCUGCAGUACAGACUGAGAGGAAAACUUCGAGCAGAGAUAGAGAAUCUCCACCGGACUUUUGAUCCCCACUUUCUGAGGGUGCCCUGCUGGAAGAUAACCCUGUUUGUAAUUGUGCCGGUUCUUGGACCCCUGGUUGCCUUGAUCAUCUGCUACAACUGGCUACAUCGAAGACUAGCAGGGCAAUUCCUUGAAGAGCUAAGUAAGUUCUCUUCUCUCUCUUAUAAGCAGAGAAUAAAAAGCCAGGAAAGGGAAACAGAAGCAACAAGAGGAAGAGGGGGGCUAUUGAGGGAUCACAUUCCCAGAGGAAAGGAGGAGCUGGAGAGCCUGGGUGGAGGGAAGACUCCUCCUGGGAGGUAGAGGGGAAAGAGGCCAGCUGUUAGAGACACAUUUACAGGUGGCAGAGAAGCUGGAGGCACUCCCAUCUGCCACCUGAUUCAUUCCUCCUUCACUGCCCCUAAGCAGGAAUCCCACCCUAGCUGGUCUCAUUGCCCAUUCCACAGCAACUGCCCAGUGCCUCACCUCUCAGAUCGACCAUUGAGGCAGGAAUGGAGACAAGAUGACCCAAAGGGCUUUUCUUCUCCCUAGUUCAAUGGUUUUAUGAUACAUACUACUGACAUAGGUUUUUCAAGUUAUUUUCUCCUUCUUCUAGGAAAUCCCUUCUGAGUGAUGUCACAUCUUGGCAGGGGUGGAGGAGAGCCUGGUUGCCCAGGGAUUGGUCCUUGGGGACAUCUCAUCCAUCAAGUUGCACACUCACUGGCAUCUUUGCUAUGGGGACAUUCCAAUUUGCACUUUCAGGAACACUCUGAAUUCCAAGUAGAAUUGAUUUCCCUUCUUCUCUCAUCUACCUUUUCUCUUCCUUCAUUUUCCCAUUUUUAUUACCCUUCUUUCCAUUUCUCUCUCCAGUCUUCCACCUGGAAGCCCUCUCUGACUAAGGACAGGCAGGUGCCCCUCUCUCCAUCAGAGGACACCUGUACUGGAGAGCAACACAGGAUGGUCUCUGCCAUGAACUGGAGGCCAGGAAUCUCCUCACUGAAAAUUACAGUAUGAUAACUUUGCAAAUGGUGGUUGUUUCUUCCAAGACUCCAGCCCUGAUUGCGCAAAACUGAGAGGCAUGUGAAGGGAAGGAAGAGGAAGAGUGCAAAACAUUGAAGAGAGAGCUGAGUGAGCUGAAGAGUGAGGAUAUGGGUAGCUCCAACCCAAACCUGGAGAUGGGGGGAAACCUACAGAAUACUAGCCAGAGCUCCACCUUGUCUUGGUAGCCUACUAGGGACCUGAGGAAGCAAAAAUGAAAGCUGGGCAACAUGCCUGCUUUAGAAUGUUUUCCUUCUACUUACACAUCUUCCACAGGUCUCAGAAUCUUUCCUUCCUUUCAUCCUUUUCCUCCUAUCUUCAUAUCUAUCAGAGUAUCCACUGUUUAUUCAACAACUACUACUUGAUGGUCAGACACAAACAAGCUAGGUGCUAAUUAAUAACGAUACGAGUUUUGGCCGGGCGCGGUGGCUCACGCCUGUAAUCUCAGCACUUUGAGAGGCCGAGGUGGGCGGAUCACGAGGUCAGGAGUUCGAGACCAGCCUGGCCAACAUGGUGAAACCCCAUCUCUACUAAAAAUACAAACAAUUAGCUGGGCAUAGUGGUGGGCGCCUAUAAUCCCAGCUACUCGGGAGGCUGAGGCAGGAGAAUCGCUUGAACCCAGGAGGCGGAGGUUGCAGUGAGCUGAGAUCAUACCACUGCACUCCAGCCAGAGUGACAGAGUAAGACUCUGUCUUAAAUAAAUAAAUAAAUAAAUAAAUAUAAUACAA